AUGACCUUGCGUCUCACAUCAGCGCCAGUAGCCGGUAUUCAAAAAAGAAAGGCUGCCAAGCCGGUCCCUGCAAGAGCCCGUGGCUCGCCCUUUGCCGCCCAUGCGCGUCGUAAACCGAAGGCCGCCGCAGCCGGUGUGAAAGCACCAACCACAGACUUUGGCCAGGACGAGCCUUUACCCGAUAAAGGCGCAUCGCUCUAUAUUUCCAAAACAACCACAGCUCGAAAUGUCGAAGAAGCGAUCGAAUACAUUGGAACUCAAAUGUUCGACGAGCUUCCACAGCGCGCCGGAAUGAACAGUACACGCAUUGCGGCGGUUCUGAACUUGCGCCGAUCGCUGCCCCCGCUUGCCUCUGUGGCCCAUAUACACACGCUAUUGAAUGCGCCCACACAAGUUGAGCGGGAGGUGGUUGAGUUGGUGAGAACAGGAAAGGUUCGGCGUCUGAUUGUCCCUGGGCGGGGCAACGAUGCAGCAGGAUUAGGUGAUUGCCUAGUUCUUACGAAGGACUGGAACACACUGGUCCGGGAGAGCCCUGCUCUAGACACAGCAGUUAAAGAGAAAUUUCUAGAUAUCCUCGAUCGCAUCGGACCUCAUUCUGCCCUCUCACAGGGAGUUUUUACUACUGACGAGUAUAGAGCCCUGAUGCGCGCAGGUUUCCUGGUAUCCUCCUCAACCCUCACACAAGGAACUUUGAGCAUUGCGUCGCUUCCUAAUUUGCCCAGCGCAGCGGCCUCAUCGGCUAGUCGAAGUAGCUCAUCCCACGAGACCAACCAACCUAUCCAAAUUGAUCCUCAUACUCGCGCCGCGACUUUGUUUCUAUCACUUCCCAACACAGGAACAUACUUGAAAUUGCUGAGCGCUGCGCGCGCGCACUUACUUGCUCUUCUACGACGGUCUCAUUGCGGCGAAGCUCCCCUAGGAUUGCUCAAGGAUCGAUGGGAUGGAGCAGUCGAAACGGAUAAGAGUUUCAAUUUGGCGAAAAGGGCUCGAGGUGAAUUCGCAGGAAUUCUUCCAGGGAAAACUAAGAAAUGGAAAGAUAUGUACGGUUUGCAAUUCCGCUGGGUUCUGGAAGAGACGCUGGGGGCCGGACUAGUAGAGAUAUUUGAGACAGGCAGUGUUGGGCCGGGCAUCCGCUGUUUAUAA